AAAAAGAACUGGGUGUCUGGAAUUUGCGCAGCGGAUCCAGCCACGUGGCAGAGGGAAAGUUGGGAGGCCUGGCAUCAGGUUACCUACCGGUGCCGCUCCCGCCCGCCCACUGGCCGGCGUUCCAGGCCCCAGGUAUAAAGGCUCAGGCCGGCAGUCUUUAAACAACCGUACUGAACCCCGUCGCGUGUGCUUUGAACUUCCCAGACGCUGCGCGCCUCUCCGGGUUGGUGCCCCCGUCGGAACCGUGCGGAGGCCUGUAUGACGCUGGACCCCAGGCUGACCAGCUCCAGCGGAGGUUCCCCUGGAUCCAGCACCUGCUGCCUGAUGUGGUGCCUGGAGCGGCUCCGCUUGGGACCGGAGCGCCUCCUGCCGAACAGGAACCGGCUUUUCCAGGGUCGGGCAGGGCGAUCCACGGCCGUCACGCCCGCCGCGUGCACAAACGUGCUCACCCCAGACCGCAUCCCCGAGUUCUGCAUCCCCCCGCGACUGGCGUCCUGUCCGACCCUGGCUGCAGUCCGGGACUUCUGGGGCGAAAAAGCAGGGACAGACGACGCCGCAGGGCACACGGACUGGGACCCGCGCUCGCAGGCCGCGCUCUCACUGCCGCACCUGCCCCGCGCGCGCACCGUUUACGGUUUCUGCGCGCUGCUCGAGAGCCCGCACACCCGCCGCAGGGAGUCGCUCUUCCUCGGGGGCCCGGGCUCCGUGGCGCUCCUGCCGGCGCUCCUGCCCGCGCCCCGCCCCCGGGCCCGCACCUACGGCUGCGGCCGAGACGCUCCCCUCCCGCCCCGGGGAGGAGCCCCCGCCGCGGCGCCCGGAACCCCCCGCCCUUCCCCAGACGCGCUCGCCCGGAGGCGCCGUGGCCGCCGCCUCGUACGCGUCCCUGAGGGGCUGCUGCGCCGCGCGCUGUGGGCCCGGAGGAGCCGCGGCCUGGCCCGCGACCGCUCCGUCUCCAGUGGGGACGAGGACGACAAGCGCCACGCCAAUUCCGGGCCCCCGACCCAGGCCCCCGCCGCCUCCCCUCCGCCGCUCCCCGGCCCGCGGCCCGAGCGCCUGGAGGCCGAGGGCACCGUGGCUCUGGGCCGCGCCGGCGGCGCCCUGCGCCUGGCCGCCGAGUACAGUCGGGCCGGCGGGCGCCUCCGCGUCCGGCUGCUCCCCGCCGAGGGCCCGGCCGGAGGGGCCGCCGAGCCCCGCGCCCCCGUCGGCUGCCGCGUCAGCUUCGUCCUGCAGCCGCCGGGCCAGACGCGCCGGCCGCGCGGCGCCGUGGUCCGGCGGAGCCGCCGCGCCGUCUUGGAGCAGGACUUGUGCUUGGACGGGCUGUCGGAGGACGAGGUGCGCCGCCUGGCCGUGCGCGUCAAGGCCGAGAACCGGGGCCGCCUGCUGGGCCGCGGCGAGCUGCUGCUGGGCCCCCUCCUGCCCCUCUGAGGGCGCGCCUGCGCCUGGGGCCUCCCGGACACUGACGGCCGCUUUGUACAAAAUAAACGUCUAUUUCUUCUUA